AUGCAGCGCACCACCACGCCAGGGUCGUCAACGACGCCCGCCUUUCUCAACCUCUCCAUCUUCUCGCCGCCGCACCACCGCAAGUCGCCAUCGUCACGCCCGACGACGCGCGACGGCAUCGAUCCCCUGCACUCGCAUCCGCACAUCCCUCCCGCCCCCGGCUCCGCCCCGCCCUCGUCGAACACCACCUUUGGCCGAGCAGACGUGCGCAAGCCCUCGCUGCCGGCCUCGCCCUCGGCGCGCAAAAUCUCCUUCUCGAGCGCCUCGCCCUUUCGCCGCUCCUCGGCCACCUCACCCGCUGCCGUCUCCUUUGCCUCGUUUGUCACCGAUCCGAGUGCCCCGCCCGCCCUGCCCGACUACGCCCUGUCCUCCGCCGCAAAGGUCCAGCAGGGCCUUGUCACCAGCCCACACAUGAACAUGCCGAGCCGCACCCUCACGACGACGACGACGAAUACCAGCACCACUGCCACUGUUGCUUCGGCGUACAUGCCUCCGCCCACCCCGCUCGGCGUCAAUGGCAGCGGUGGCGGCGGCGGCGGCGGCGGCGUUUCCUCGUCCGUCUCCUCCGCCACCGCCGUCACCGCCGUCGCCUCGUCUUCAUCCUCGUCCAUCUGGCAGCCCAGCGAGGCGAGCAUGAUCCAUCACCAAAUUACAGAACUGGCCAACAAGCGCAUCUCCACCCUCGACUACCUGCGCAAGGCGCACGAGGGACGCGUCUACUGGUUCAACACCUAUCUCUUUGACAGGCCCGAUCUCGCGCGUAUGCCCUACUUUGACCCGCGCAAGCUCGCCCGUCGUGCCACAAACUUCCUCCUCCUCGGCCUUUCCGUCCCCACCAUCAACGACCUCUACUCGUCCUCGGCCAUCGAGUUCCUCCGCUGCCUCAACGCCCUGCUCUCCGAGUUCGAUUCCUUCCAGCAGCUCCACGGCGACUCCUCCGCCACUCUGACCCGCGCCCGCCUGCCCAACAUGUUCCGCCGCCCCGGGGGCAAGUCGCGCCGCUCCGCCUCGGCCGCCGACAUUGCCGACGAGUCUCAGUCCUUCCCCGCCGUCCCGGGCGGCGCCAACGGUGGCGCCCCCUCUGUCAUGACCUUUGCCGCCGCCGAGUCGGACCUCCUCCCCGGCGAGGAGUACACGUACCUCCUGACGCCCUCGUUGCCUUUUGAGCCCGACUUCUUCGAGACGUUUGCAACGCUGUGCGACGUCCUCAUCGACUCGUACACGCGCUUCCUCACCCUCGUGCCCACCCCGCGCGAGUGCUCCUCCCCUGUCGCCGAGCUCUUCUCCAAAGCCGACGCCCGGCUGCGCAAAAUCAUCGUCCAGGGCGCCGUCAAGGAAUUUGAGGACCACAGUAGGAGCCAGGUCAAGGCCGAGGUGGCCAGCAUAGGCAAAGUGGUCCUCGGCGGGCUGAUGUGA